AUGUCUUCAGAAGACAUCACCCAGAAGAGACAUCGCCAUACUCGAAGCGCUGCCGCCGUCUCCUCCGGCAAUACCCCACCACAGAAUCCUCACAAUCCUCACCAUUUGAAUCUCCAAGCGCAUGCGCAGAAUACACACAUCGACAUGAGCUACCCCGCACAGCCCUCCACUCCACCCCGGACCCCUCGGAGGGACAACCGCAAUGGUUCCCACAAUACCAACUCGAACACUCAUGAAAGCGGCUCGAAACAAAAGACUAGAGGCAAGAACCGCCCGAGAAAUGUGACGAGCUCGCCUGCCGUCAAAGGAAAUGACAGGAGUACUCCACCCCUAACGAGAGCGCAAUCCGCGGGCAUGCCAUCAUCCGCAAAGCCAAUAAGCACACCAUCUACUGCUGCGUAUGCUGGUGCAACCUUUCAUGCAUCGCCAGCCCCAUCUGCGCUCCCUAUUCCGAGUUUCUAUUCGAAAUCUGUUCCCGACUCUCCUGGAUUGAAAGGACUCAGAUCCGUACAAGAGGCUCCUUCGACGAAGCAAAGCCCAUCACCUCCUAUACCAGAAGCCAGUUCAGUAAAACAAUACCAGCGAGAAGAGUCACCUCUGGAUUUCUUCUUCAAGGCAGACAGGGAAGAGAAGGCUAGAGCUCGAAGUGUUAGCUCAAACAACACAACAGGCGCCGCUGCCGGACCUUUCCAGCCUCCAGGAGCCUCUCGAAAUGCACAGACUCCACCAGCUCCCAACAGUCAAAACCGGACUCGUCAAGGACAUACUUCCAAAUCCUCAGGUAGUGGCAUGUUUGCUAUGGAAUUGGAUGGCCCUACCAGCCCAGGAACACCAUUCGGCCCUGCAUUUUCUACACCUUAUGCUGAGAGGAUCAAUGCUGCCAGAUCCGGCACCACCCCCACUCGUGAGGUUCCACAGCAACAUGUAGAUCGCUCUGAAGCUCUCAAAGCAUAUCUUUUCUCUGGUCACACUCUGUCGCCACCUACCACAAAUGGAAGUGGCGUGAAUGGAUCUUUCUCUCCCUCAUCUCAAUUUACCUCGAAUAGCGCGAAGACGAGUCCUGUAUCAUCAUCACGCCCUCAACAAAAUGGGCAUGUUUUCAACCACAAUGCAAACGGCACAAGCAAUCGCCCCAGACCAUUGGGACGCUCAUCUGGUCUUCGCCAAGAGGUGACACCUACAAAGACACCCACCCGAACUCCCGAUCGCAACUUCUUCUAUGAUAAUUCACCUACUACAUCUAGAAUGAAUGGACAUCUUUCUCCCUCGAACCAAAACGAUCUUACAGCAAGAUUCAUGUCGCAAAAUGCUUCUCCUUCUCCUACAUCCCCAUAUGGCGUUUCAUCUGGUAAUAGAGGCGCAGACCUCCAAGGCAUUGAAGAUAGUCUUCGCAAGAUAUUGAAGUUAGACUCGGCUAGGCACUCGGGCGCUACAGACUCUAGCGUCACGGUCACAACAGCUAUGCCAAAUUAUGCUGGUGGCAGGGUUCCACCCAUGGCUGGCAUGAAUCACGGCGUUAUGAGAUCUUGA